AUGUCUCUUCAUCGCUUUGGUGCUGGAUCGGUCGAUGAAAUGCGUUCUAUCCAAUACUUCCAAGCCCGCACGUUACCGGCUCUGUCAGGUUUCUUUGACACGGGUGUAUGGGACUGCUUAUCGUCGUUCAUUGGCCAAAUGGAGCCUACAGUCUUGCAUGCGGCCAUUGCCCUCGGUGCAUAUCAUGAAAUAUCAGAAAACACCGGGCCUCUGAAAUGCUGGGACUUGCGUCGCAACACUAGCUCUAAUCCUGACGUCCGGUUUGCUUCUGAACAAUAUGCAAGAGCUAUUUCGUUGUUUCGAAGGAGCCUAUGUUCUAAUAGGCUGUAUGCUUCUGGACUCGAAAUAUCAUGUAUUCUUUUUGCCUGCGUGGAAUUUCUACGAGGUGAUCGGAAAUCCGGAUUAGCCCACAUCUCGGGUGCAUUGAGUUUCCUCGAACUUCGUCAACAAACUGUUCUUCUGAGCAGGGAAGAAGCGGCUUUAAUGUCCCUCAUUGCACGACUAAGCCUCACACAGUCUCUCUAUGGCCGGCCUAGGAGCGUUCAGUUCCCCGAUCUCCUAGAUCUUCGCAAGAACCCCCUAUUAUCGCAUGACGGUAAAUUUUGCACGCUCAUUGACGCCAGAAUGGAAAUAACUUUCCUAUUGAACUCUACUCUGCGUUUUGUACGAAUGGCGGUGUACGAUUGCUAUCCAGACCCCUUCACGGCGCUCGCAGCACAGCGGAGCCUUCAAGUUCAGCUUCGGAAUUGGUCUAUCAGUUUUGAAACUUUCGUCGAGGUUUCAGCUCCAACGACAAAAGAUCGGAGAGGGGCUUGCCUGCUUCGCAUACAUCAUCUUAUGGCUACUAUCUUCGUCGCAGCCUCUGGGGCUUUUGGGAACAAACAAGAGAGCGCAUACGAUCGCUAUCUUUCCAACUUUGAUAACAUCCUUACCUUGAUGGAAGACAUCACAUCGGAAGAUAUGGAGGACGAGAGCUCACAUUCAUCGUCAUUUUCCCUUGACAUGGGCCUCAUUCCGCCCCUUUUUUUCACUGCCAUUAAAUGUCGCUUCCCUGCUGUGCGGCGUAGAGCAAUUGCGUUGCUCCGUUGUGCCCCUAGGCAAGAGGGUCUCUGGGAUGCAAUAGAAUCAGCCAAAGCAGCAGAGCUAGCAAUGAAAUUUGAGGAACAGCACAUAGUGGACAGCAUGUUGUCAUGCGAGGCCCCAAUACCAGAAUGGGCGCGCGUCCACGAUGUAGAUAUACACGAGAAGGAUCCUUCCCAAUUUUCAAAACAACUGGUUAUUCUGAGAUGGAAGCCAGACGGCAUCGAGAAAGAGAUGCAGGAUGUUCGCACUUAUAUCCAAUGGUAA